UGUACUUACCAUCCAAAAGAUCGACCCAUCAGUGGGACGGCAAGGCGGUCCUGUGUUUAGAUUUAGAUUUGGUUAGCGGGCAGGACUCUUGCAGUAUCUGCUAACUUCGAAGUUUGAAAUGUCGGGUGGCAAGUGGGGUGCAAUCAAGAAGCUGUGGUGCUUCACUCCUGGCAAGCCGCUGCAUGUGAAUCAGGUAGUGAGUGAGUCAGUGCAAGGGGGUCGGUUCGCCUUAGAAUCGUCAAAGUGUGGGUCAUGUGUGGAGGAGAGUAAGUUGUGUACAUGUGAAGACCAAGGCAAUGUUGAUAAUCUGAAGAGGGUGAUGAACGCCAGAGAUGGUGGUGGCCACCAUGCGAAGGCUAAUAGUUCGUUUACUCACUCGGUCAUCAACAUGGUUGGAAUGCUGAUAGGCCUUGGACAGCUGUCAACUCCCUAUGCUCUGGAGAAUGGAGGGUGGACCUCAGCUUUCCUACUGGUGGGCCUUGGAAUAAUAUGUGCAUACACAUCCCACGUGAUGGGAAAGUGUCUUCAAGAGAAUGCAAAAUCGAGGGACUACCCAGACAUUGGUGAACAUGCAUUUGGAACAAAAGGAAGGAUCAUAGCAUCAACUUUCAUAUACAUGGAGAUUUUCUUAGCUUUAGUAUCCUACACAAUCUCAUUGAGUGACAAUCUCAGCACUGUAUUUUUGGGCACCCAUCUAAGCAUGCCAUGGCCUCACCUAUCUACAUCUCAGCUUCUAACGGUGAUAGCAGUUUUAAUAGCUUUGCCGAGUCUUUGGCUACGAGACCUUUCCUCAAUCUCCUUCCUUUCCUUUGGAGGCAUUCUUAUGUCUGUUCUCAUCUUCACAACAAUAGGGUGGACGGCUAUAUUCAGUGGCAUUAAAUCUAACCAAACAAUACCUGUCCUACGGCUUCAUAAUAUUCCAGCAAUAUCUGGCCUCUACAUCUUCAGUUACGCUGGCCACAUUGUUUUCCCAAAUAUCUACAAAGCCAUGAGAGAUCCCUCUAAGUUCACUAAGGUCUCAAUCACUAGCUUUACUCUGGUAACUGCACUCUACAUUUCUCUGGCCUUCAUGGGAGCUAAGCUGUUUGGCCCUACCGUAAACUCCCAAAUCACUCUCAGCAUGCCUUGCCAUCUCAUUGUUACAAAGAUUGCACUAUGGGCGACCGUACUCACGCCAAUGACCAAAUACGCCCUAGAGUUUGCUCCGAUCGCAAUGCAACUUGAGCAGAACCUUCCAUCUUCAAUGAGUUCGACGACGAGGAUGAUCAUCAGAGGUACCAUAGGGUCCGUCGUCCUAAUCGGUAUCCUAGGUCUAGCUCUCUCGAUCCCAUACUUCCAAUACGUUCUUGCACUCACGGGUUCACUCGUCAGUAUCGCGGUUUCAAUUAUUUUACCGUGUUCAUUCUAUAUGAAGAUUUGUUGGUACCAAAUCUCGAAGCCUGCCAUUGCUCUCAAUGGAGUCCUCGUUGGAAUUGGAUUCUUGUUUGGAGUGUUUGGAACCAUUUCAUCUUCAAAGUCGCUUAUAAGAAGUGUAGCAAGGGGCCACUCGACUUGAGAAUUACAACAAAUGAGUUGGACGGCUUUUCAUUUUCUCUGGCAUGGGAGCAUUUGAGGAAAUGAAGUCCUUAAUUGGUUAGAGUGAAGUACUUGCAUGUAAAGCACUUUAAAUGAAAAAGAUGCUAUUCGAGGGUGUUAAAGAUCAUGUUUUUUCCCAUAUUAUAAAUGAUCUUUUAUAUACGGAAUGAAAGGUUGGGUUUUAUUGCU